AUAUCAGCUUAUCAACAGACUGAAUUUCUACUGCCACCUUCACAUGAAGAAAGAGACCCUGCAAGGAAACUACACUGAAUAUGAGUAUGAGCUUCUAAAAAGGGGGAGAUCAUAAUACAGGGUACAGGAUAAAGAAUGGGAGAAAAACAGAAAAGACGACAAAAGCUUUGGAAUGUUCCACGGAUUCCUUGCAUUCGGGUCCCUUCCUCUGCCUACACCCACAACACUCCCUUAAUGAAGGACCUAACCCAAGGGCAGCAACGCUACUUUUAUAGCAUCAUGAGGAUUUACAAUUCCAGACCCCAGUGGGAGGCCCUGCAGAACCGCUAUAUUCACAGCCUUCAGCACCAGCAGCUGCUUGGCUACAUUACACAACAGGAAGCUUUGGCUUGUGCAACUGUACUUAGAGAUUCAACCAAGAGAGCCUCAGCUAAGGUAGCUCCUCAAAGAUCCAUCCCCCAGAAGCCUUCAGCCAUGACAAGAACAUGGCUGUCAGCACUACCUGUGUCUGUGGUUCGACCCAGGGCUCAAAGAGCAGGGCCUGGAUCCCUCAGGAAUUGAGACUUUGCACAAGCUCUGAAACAGGCACUUUGCCCAUGUACCCCAAAAUCUAGCAGGUGCUUAGUGUAUAUUUGUUGAAUGAGGAUGAAAAAAAAAAUAACUUCUAACACACACUCCAUACCUAGAAAUAAUCUCUUUCCCACUCGCAUAAAUUUUACCAGCAAGAACAAGUUGAGGGAUUUAAGAGCAAUUGGAGCUAAGUGUAAACACGCCUUUCACUCCACAUAUAAUCUGUAGAGAGAAAUGACUUUUGAAGCUUUCAAAGUAAAAGCUUCCUUUGAAUUAGAACCUCUCAGACAAGUCUCAAGAACACUGAAAGGGUGAAAGUCAUCAAAGGGUGCCAGGUUCCCAGUCACAGGGUGACUGUGGAAGCCACCCACUGUAGAUUUUGAAAAUACACAAACCAACACCAAGUUAACACUAAGCAUGCAGGGUUUCCAGAGGCAUAUCAUCUCAGCAGAAACUGGCCUGUGCAUUUCCAUGUCCUCCUUCCUCUCCUCUUUCCCAUUAAGCAAUAGCAUUUAACUUGGCCCCAAAUCUUCUGGUUCUUGCCUGACUCAAUCCCUUUGUGUCAUCUUGAAACUUGGACUUACCAACUUGCCACAGCUGGGUUCAUUCUACACGGCUAUAGAUGACCUUAACCCAGGCAAGAGAAUUCAUGCACACGUCUUCCCCUGGCAACUGAAGAUACACUCUCAGCAGAACAAGAAAUAGCCCUUAAAGAACUGGUCUCAACUCUAACCUUGCCAUGGCCUCAUUGGUUUUAAGCAAGCACAUAAGACUAGACAAAUAUGAGAAAGAAAAAGGGGGGAUAAUGAGUCAAAACCACAUAUACUGGUAUAGUGUGAUAUUAGUUAUAUUUAAUAGUUAUUUUCAUCACUAGUGAUUUUGUGUGUGUGGAAAGUUAGUCAUCAGUGCUCAUAAAAAUUCAAAAUUUUUUUCAUCUUUAUUCUAAAUGUUCAGCCCCCUUCCUUCAUUUAAAUCAGCCAAUGACUUUGUCAUGCCCAUAAAAGGAGUUGCCUGAGAUGGAAUUAUAGACUUACUUGACAAAGGAUGUGCUGACAUCGAUCUGGAAGGAAGAUGCUAUACCGUUACAAGAAAAAAAUAUACCCCAUUGAUGAUGAUGUUUAUCUUUUCUCUGCAAUCAUUCAUAAAGAAUAAAGUUUCUUGACCUCUGCA